AUGUGGGAAACCUCGCCACGCUACCACUGGUCCCGGGCUUUCAAGCCUGGUGCUGGAGUUGUAGCAUAUGCUGUGCACACGUCUGGCUUGGCGCUGGACAAAGCCAACGGCCAAGAUUUGACCUUCCUGCUGGAUGAAUAUGUCAAGCCCGUCUGGGAUAGUCUUGGCGUCGAGAUUGCGCAGAAGAGAGCUUUGAUUGACUGCAAGUACGCAGAAUAUGAAGGGCGAAAUAUCACCGUUGAUGUGGCGUUUCCCAAUAAGAUGAACAAUGUGCCGCUGAGAGAACUUGUUGUCAACACUGGCAACCUGGGGCUGCUUAAGCUUCUGGGCCUCAAGUUGGAACCCCCUUGUAUCUUUGGCCUUUAA